AUGAAGCUGACAUAUAGAAGCAAUGACGAGCUUAUGGAUUUGAUGACCGUGGCACUGAGCGGGUGUCGUGUUUGCAAGACUUGCAAGCAGAAAGACUCAACAGCUGGGGAUAGGGUACGGUACCUCAGUGCAAAUCUCCCAGGCUCCAUGAACGCUACCCCCAUAGAGGAGGCCAUCAUUAGUGGCAUGAAGUCGGAGACUCUUGCGGGUUGCAAAACAUGCGCCACUAAACAGACCCCUCAUGAGAUUCAAACUCAGAUAGUAUUUCCUUCAGAAAUCCUUAUCGUUCAGGUCAAUCGAUACAAAAAGUCAGGGAAACUGAGAGACGAAAUUGAAGUUCAGGGAGAGUUAGCCAUUCCAGAUUCCCUUCUAGAUGACAGUGUUAAGGGACAAGGCAAGAUUGCUUACGAGCUCUAUGCCGUCCUCUUUCAUAUCGGCGUUGACAGUAAAAGCGGACACUAUACUGCGGCCGUCAAGGGCCCCUCUGGUGAAUGGGUGAUGACCAACGACAGUCGCGUGAUAUUUACCCAGACUCUGGAAAAGAGUAUGAGCCCGCCAGGUGCUGGAAAGGAGAAUGUUUACAUACUCGCGUAUCGACGACUGGAAACCCAGAGCAAUUCAGCUGACUCCAAUACAGGUUUAUCAGCCGCUGUCACGUCCUCCAACCCCAAAGCAUCAAUUACUGGCCAGAGCGUGACCUCUUCAGGGCAUUCCAAUGCCGGCUCAUCGAAUGAACCAGGCUCAAGAAAAGGGUCGGUCAAGGGUGGUGUACAAAUGAAAGGGAUCAUUGAGCUAGAAGGGAGGCCUAUCCAAUGGACGAUCAACCAGCAGCUGCUCCUGGACCCAGGUAAAGGUGCACUUGUGGCUCUGGGGCCCCGAGCAAGAACGCAGCGUGCUACUCUGCAGCUCACAUUAACUUCAGAAGACACCGGCGAGAUCCUCGGAGGACAAGUGACCACGUCGCUCAAACCAUGGGGAGUGCAGAAGCCAAAGCGAGGGCCUUCAAAGACUGCAGACACCAAAGAUUCCAGUGCCGGUACGAAGAAAGCAGCAGACACAGUGUCCGGGAAAGCAGCCAAGCCGAAAGGUGUCACAAAGAAACCCUCCAGUCCGCCAAAAGGAACCCGUCAAUCGGCGAGACUCCGGAGUAAAGCUAAACAAUAA